GGGCAGCCGGCCAAAACAAACAACACUUUAUUACAAAGAACACUGCCAAGCUUGACCGAGAAACAGAAGAGCUGCACCAUGACAGAGUUCCUCUGGAGGUGGGCAAAGUGAUCCAGCAAGGCCGGCAGAGCAAGGGCAUGACACAAAAGGACUUGGCCACAAAAAUCAAUGAAAAACCACAAGUUAUUGCUGACUAUGAAUCAGGAAGAGCAAUCCCCAAUAACCAGGUUAUGGGCAAGAUCGAAAGAGCCAUUGGUAAGUUAAGAAAAGAGAUUUCAAAAAUAAUGGCAAUGUUUUCG